AUGUUUUAUGUGCCAGUAACUGACAGCUAUUUGAGAUUACCCGCAACCUGUGUACCAGUUUAUUCAACUUCAGUAGAUCGAACAUUAAGUGAAAAUUCGAAAUUAAAUAAUGAUCUUUUUCAAGUUAAAAAAGAAUUAGCUGAAUUACGUGACGAAUUAAGUGAUUUACGUUUAGAAAAAGAAACUUGUCCAAUAUGUUCAUCUAAAUUGUCAACAACACGAUCAAUUCAAUGUGAUGAAAAUUGUUCAGUUUGUUAUCCUCGUAUUCGUAAUCGAGAAAAAGAAGAAAAUUAUUUUCGAACAUCAUCACCAGUUCAUUAUUGUUCGAUUUGUGAUGAUUAUGUUAUUGAUGAAGCGUUUCCCCCACCAUCUCCACGUCCAUAUAAAAGAAUUACAAGAACAAAAAAACAAACAGAAGAACAAGACAAAUUAUCUGAAUAUUUAUCUCGACAACUGGAAAUUCAACGUCUUCGUCAGCGUUAUAUACCUGAACAACGACCAGUAUGGAUUCCUACAGCAUACAAACGAGAUUAUUCUCAUCGACGAUGGGUUACUCGUCAAUCGCAUCUCUCAGAACCUUAA